AUGCAAAGUGCUUUACAUCCCGAGUGUCCUCCAAUGCAUGGACUAGUACGGGCAACAUGCAAGGGUGGAGGUUUUAUCAUUUCACCCAGUGUCACCCAAGGAGAUGAGUUAACCUCUUUGGUCACCAACGUGGUGCAUCUGGACCCUCAGGGAUGGGAAGGUCAAUUGCUACAACGUUUAAACAUCAUGCACUUGUAUGUACGACCACAAGUUUUAGCGUUAACAGGACUCCGAGACGUCAUGGAAGCGCGUAAAUACGUGUGUCCGAAUGUCCCGGAAGAGUUCUCAGCGGCUCUUGCAGCGUCAACGGAAGAGCAGGCGAACACUUCAGUCCAGGGAGACACUAAUGCUACAGACACUGAAGCUCCGGUUUCUCGGCUCGAGGAGUUCCCGAGUAAUGUACCGCGCUCUAUGUGGGCCGAGCCGGACGGCGCAGCGAUGAUGGUGCGCGGUCCCGACUACAUAACCGACCGACGGAAGAUCCCGUCGCAAUCUCCGUUCUUCCGUCUGGUGGGAUUGGACCUUUUCGAGUCUUCAGAGGCGGUAGAACACAUCGCUUCGCGUCCAGACAACUCGGUUCAACGCGAGUUGCGACGUCAUGAAGAGCAAGGAACAGAGAUGCCAUUUACCUUCGUGGUUAACUUUGUAGUGCCGGGUAAUCCGCGCAUCAACUUGGUGCUGUACUACCAAGUUCCCCACCCUUCGAUAUUGACCGAUGGCUCGCCUUCUUCGGAGCUUAUGGCGGACUUUUUGGAAGGUUCCGACGAGUUCCGUAACGAGCGCUUCAAGCUCAUUCCCUGCAUCGUAGAGGGAAGCUUCAUCGUGCGUCAAGCUGUGGGUUCUACCCCAGCUUUGAUCGGUAAAAAGCUGCGUCAACCGUACUUUAGAGGCAAACAGUACUUCGAGUUGGACGUGGACAUUGGGUCAUCAGCGGUGGCCAACCGCGUGGUCGGUCUGGUGUCAGGGUACACUAAGAAACUGGUGAUCGACAUGGGCUUCGUACUGGAAGGCCAGAACCCCGAGGAACUACCUGAACGACUCUUCGGAACUUGUCGUUUGGUGCAUAUCGACCUAAGUGUCGCCAAGAAGCUCACGUGA